AUGUUCUUUCGCUGGCUCGGCCUGUUUACUCGCGGGCGCGUGGGAAGCUCUUUUGUGCCCCUGGCACAGCGCUCGGGCACACGCGGGGCGUUCACACAGAUGUCCCAACAAUAUCAACCACCUGCCAAGGAGCGAGCCGGGAAGUCGCGACAGGGCCGAGCCCCAGACCCCUGCCCAGACAUUUGCCCAGGGCCGCCUGCGAAGGCCAGGCCUCAGGCUUCCGGGCCGGCUCGCCCGCGGCCCCCGCGGCCUCGUGGGAGGAGGAGACCGCUCUCCCGCCUGCGUGCUGUCGGGGAGUCAGCCAUCGGCCGCAACUCGUUCUCAGGGACGUGGGACACGGCCUCUAGGCAGGAGCCAAGGCCGGACGGGUCCCGAGACGACGCCCUGAGCACACACAAGCGACCCCAGCCCCGAGGGCCGCGUCCCGUGCUCAAAGAGGGAGCCAGCCCGCCCCUGCGGCCCGGGCCGCCAGCUUCAGCAGACACCUGCCCGAAGCCCUUCCUCGGGCCGCCUGUGCCCCGCGUCUGCUGGCCGCCCCUGCCGGGAGGGUGGGUGACCCGUCUCCGGGUGGGUCCCCCAGUGGGUGGCCGUGACGCUGCUUGGCAGCCUGGAGGCGUGUCGGAGACCAGCAGCAGUAACUACAAGCUGAACUAUGAGUUGUACAGAGAAGAUGUCCCCUAUAGGGCUUAUGAAUGCCAGAAGAUCCCCCCGCUCAUCAACCACGUGCCUGUCAAGAUCCGGAGGACCCAUAUGGGCUUAGGGGUCAGGAGCAGCUUCAGCCCCCACAAGGCCUCCAGGAAUAGCCACCUGUCCCCUGGGGAGAUAAAGCUUGGGACUGGGGUGCUGCACUCCAUCAGGGGAGAACUGAGCCAGAUCAAAGCCCAAGUGGACAGCCUAUUGGCGAGUUUGGAGCGCAUGGACCAGCAGAGGGACCAGCCUGCAGGGACAAAGGACAGUGAAGAGAACAGGGGCCCUGGUAGUGAGGGCUGCUCAUGCAGACUCACUGAGGCCCAGCAGGAGCACAGGAACCAAGAGAGCACAGAGCCCAGGGGCCAGUGCGCCCACGUGGAGGCAGACAGCUCCCAGGGGAGCACGGACGCAGAGCAUGCAGUAAAGAAUCACACAUCAGAACCGGCAGGCAGCCAGUAGGAGGCGGGAGUUCUUCUUGGGUGUCUCCCUCCCUUGCCUUGCUGUUUUGGAGGCCUCCCACUGCCACCCCUGCUGAGGCCCCUGUUGUGGAGCAGUUGGAAAGCCUCCCCAUCAUGGUAGGUUUAAGCCUUGGAGGUUGUGUUCCAGAUGGGCUGGCAGCAUGGGGAGGGAGGCCAGAGACUGCCCAGCACCAGCUCAUCAUCGUCAUGAAGCUGAGGCCCAGCUUUGCAAGGGGUAGUUGACAGCACCAGCCAAGAGCCCGAGGAGCACCAUCAACCCUCUUUGCACAGACACUGCUUUAACUGCUCCUCUCAACCUCCGAAGAUGCCACCAGUCCUGCCUGAGUAUGGGUCACCUGUGCAACAACCAGCCCAGCUUUCUCCAGCCACAGCAGUACAUAACACAGUGUUCCUAUUCUCCCUCCCAGUCUGAAACUGAGCUGUAAGGUCCCCAGUGUGUGCCCCACAUGACCCCUUUUAGUUCCAGACUCUCCAUCCAUCCUACAAAGCCAUCCUUUAGAGAAUAGGGCUAUCAUUUUUAUGUCCCAUUUUAAUUUCAUCUCUUGCUGGUAUAAUACUGUUAUUUCAGAUCUGCUCCCGAAAAAUCUGUCAUGUCAGAAGGGAGAAAUAAAAUUUGUAUUCCUUCCUGGU